AUGGAUUUAUUCCCUCAAUUUUCUGAUCCUCUUCCUUAUUAUGGUAUUUGUAAUUACAAUUCGGAAUCGUCGUCGGCGUUUUUUGACGCCGGAACGCAUCCGCUCACGGUGGCUACCUCCGACGAGGAAGUGAUACUGGCGUCGAACCAGCCCAAGCGCCCGGCGGGUCGGCGGGUUUUUAAAGAGACGAGGCAUCCGGUUUACAGAGGGGUACGUCGGCGGAAUAACGACAAAUGGGUUUGUGAGAUGAGGGAGCCGAAUAAGAAGACCAGGAUUUGGCUCGGGACUUACCUGACGGCUGAGAUGGCGGCGCGUGCACACGAUGUGGCUGCCCUCGCGUUGAGAGGGAAGUCGGCUUGUCUCAAUUUUGCUGACUCGGCGUGGCGGUUUCCGAUUCCGGCUAGUGAUGACCCGUCUGUGAUCCGAGCGGCAGCAGCGAUGGCAGCGAAUGAGCGCAAGGAUGAGGAAUGUAGUGCGUGUCGGGAAGAGGACGACGUCGUUUUGUGUCAACCCACGGCCAGUCCUGACCGGCCGGUUUACGUCGACGAUGAGCUUUGUCGAAUAUGCCAAUGUUGCUUGCCAACAUGGCGGAAGGACUUCUUCUUUCUCCUCCGUCUUUUUGUGUAAAUGAUGACGUGGAGUGGGAUGAUGUGGCCAUGAGUCAUGACGUGUCAUUGUGGAACUUUUAGUAUAUAUUAGAGUGAGUA